GAGCGGCAUUUGCUUGUUCGCUGGCGAAUUAUCGCGGAAAGAGCCCCCGCAGGGUGCCCCAGAAAGAAGUUUGAACAAUGGAUGAAGACUUUAAAGCACAGGCACUUGACUCUACUCUUCCAAGUCCAUCAGAGACUCUGCUUUCCAUUCGACUUUUAGACUUUAAAACAAGUUUAUUGGAGACAAUAGAAGAGCUGCGUAUAAGAAGGGAAACAGAGACUAAUUAUGAAGACCAAAUAAAUAAAAUCGUUAUAGAGAAACAAGAGCUUGAAUGGCAGAAGGAAACUCUGCAGCAUCAGACUGACACAUUGCAACAACAAAACAAAGAAGCUAUGGCAGCUUUUAAAAAACAGUUACAGGCAAGGAUGUUUGCCAUGGAAGAAGAAAAGGGAAARUACCAGCUUGCUGUAGAAACAAAAGAAAAAGAAAUUGAUGGACUGAAAGAAACAUUAAAAGCAUUACAGAUCUCAAAAUACACUUUACAAAAGAAACUGAAUGAAAUGGAUCAAAAAUUGCAGAUGCACUUAACAGCAAAAGAGGAGCAUCAUAAGAGACUGAAUGAAGUUGAGAGGUGUUAUGCUACUCUUGCAUCUCAGUUUGGAAUYGUAAAAGGUGUUCAUGGAAAACUGGAAUACAGUGUGCAGGAAGCCAUACAGCACAAUAAGAAAUUAACAUCAGUGAACAAAAGACAAGAGACUGAAAUAARUAAUCUGAAGGAAGAACUGAAGAAAGUAACUACAGACCUGAUAAGGUCCAAGGUCACAUCUCAGUACAGGGUGGGAGAAGAAAACAUCAAUCUUGCAGUGAAGGAAAAACAGUUUCAAGAACUGCAACAGAAAAUCAGAAUGGAGACAGCAGUCAGUAAAAGAGUUCAAGAAGAAAAUACUCACAUUAAAGAAGAAAAACUGGAAAUUCUCAGCUCUCUACAGUGUGUGCAGGAGCUGCUUCAGCGAAUAACCCAAAYGAAUGUUAGAAUGGAAAGUGAAUUAAAGGCACUGAAAGAAGACUAUCAGGCCCUUGAAAGAGAUAAUGAGCUGCAAAGGGAGAAGGCAAAGGAAAAUGAAGAAAAGUUCCUUAAUCUUCAGAAUGAGCAUGAGAAGGCAUUAAGAACUUGGAAAAAUGAUGAGGAAAACAUGAGAAGAGAAAUACACGCUAUUAAAAAUGAGCUGAAUUCCCUUARAGUACUUCAUAGACAUCUUGAAGAUUAUCAUCCUCCUCAGGGAAAUCAGCACUCUGAGCAAGUGGAAAAUCUGCAGGUAAAUGUCUCUGCCAGCUGCAGUGCAUCUUGUAAAAAUAGUGGUCAAGAACACUCAAAAGACAGUGAAAUACAGGCUAUUCAGAAAGAAAAUGAGUUUGUGCAAUCUGUAAUAAGAAAAUAUGGUAAYUGUGGAAAUGAGGAAGAAACUGAAGUAAAAAACACAAGGGACCAAUCUUCAAGCAUUGAGGAAUUACAGAUAGAACAAAAUUUACAAGUUCUUGAAAACAGUUUUAAGGAUGAAAUUAAUGUUGCCAGCCCUUAUGAAGAAAAGCAAAGGGAGGCUGCUGCCAGGAAUACCCUCUGCACAGAUACUGAUUUAAUUACCCAAGGACACACCUCAUCAUCACAUGUUACUGGAUGCAAAGAGGCAGAAGAUCCAGGAAUGACAGAGAAACUGUUACUARAUGCAGACAGUGGAAAUUUAGAUCAAAAGCCACGGGACAGCAGUGAGCCUUUGGCAGCAUGCCACACACUAACAAGAAAGGUCUUUUUAGGCAGUACUGGGACUGUAGGUGCUGACAGGAAAAAUGGGAGUCAAGAGACCAACACUGGCAAGGAAGAAUUGUGCAAUGCUAGAGAUGAACCGAAUUGUGCCAAGGCAGAUGCAAACUCAAACACCAGACAACACAAAAUUGUCCUUACCCCUGAAGCACCCAAACCUGAGUCUGAAGCUGUUCUUUGCACUGAGAAGAGUGAGAGAAGUACAGAUAACCACCAAGCUAAGGAGUUAAGUUUUGGCAUCCUAUCCUAUACUAAAGAAAAUUCUCAAGCAGAAUACCAAAAAUGUAGGUUGCUGAAAAGUGACAAUUAUGUAGGCAGUGGAUUACAUAAAACAGAAAAAACCUUAAACCUGAGUGGUUUACAUAGAGAUAAACUUCCUCURGGACAGACACACGUAGAUGCUGAAGGCAGAAACAAUGACAAUGCCAGAAAUGUGAACAGCAAGGAUGUUCUGGCAACAGAUGCUCAAAAUCCACCAACUGCUUGUUGUGRUAAUGCAAGUGGUGAUGCUGAUGCUGCAAAAGAACAUAGAGAUAGUAAGUGUCUCUUAGGUACUUUGAAUUUAUGCCCCUCCAAAACUGAGAGAGGAAUAAAUGCAGAUGACAUGCACAGCAAGACACCUCAACAAGACAGUGUUAAACAAACUGAGAAAGUUACAAAUACAUGGACUUCAAGUGCUGAAGCUGAAACUCCAGGAAAGGCUGAUGGUCUUGAAAGUGCUGAUAAAAAAACCCCAACAGAUACGGCAAGUACAGAUCAACUAAUUCCAUGUAAAAAAGUUAAGGAUGAUACUCAGAUACAGUCCAUCAAAAUUGGACAUUCCCUGGAGCUUACUAAUUCAACAAAAACCACAUUGUUAAAAGAGAAAAAAGAUUCACUGAAUAAUACUGUUCCAGGAAGGAAGUUUGCUGARGGUCACCUGAAAGAACCAUGCUCUUUACCCACGAGAACAUCUGGAAAUUUAGUAAAUGUAAGUGUAGGGUCAUCCUUUGAUCUUUCAACCUCAGAUAAAGAAGCUGAGAAAACUCCACUACACUUGAAUUUUUUAGCUCUCAGUUCUUGUUCAAGAGUAAAUCAAAUGAGAGGUCAAGCCACAUGGACUUCAGCUUCCAAGGAACCUUCCCUUUUGAAAGAGAAACUACCAKGCUUAGUGGAAAACACAAACAUUAUUUCAAACACAGCGUGUCAAAAUCUCAGUGAAAAUGUGGACAAAGGAGAAACAGGACAAGGUUCUASCAGUUUGAACAGAGCUGCCAACACUUUGAAUACCUCUAGUGUCCACCGAGACCCCCAGGGAGACCCUAGUGAAGAAUGGAAUGCUCCAGCAAAGGCUUUUUAUGAUUCUCCUUUUCCCACAGAACAUGUUAAAGAAGGAUCUGCUGCUUUACAGAACAAGUCUUCUCACAUGACUGUCACUCCAGCAAGAAGUGAAAAAGCAAUCACAGAUGAGGACAGCUGUUCUCUUCAUAACUCCAUUAAACAAACCCAAACAGGAGAAACAGAGAAAUUACUGAACGUGGAGAGACUUAAUUCAGAAAGAAAAAGAAAAUAUGAAGAAGGCCAGUGAAGAUCAGUGCUAGGAGAUAAACAUUCUUUUAGGCAUAGACAGAUCACUUACCUAAGCCAGAUUUGUAGAGGUAUUCCUACAGAAUGUGGUUUCAUGUUUAAUAUAACAUGUUAACAUUUCUUAUGUUCAAAAAUGUAUACAAUUCCUAGUACUAAAGUUAGUUUUGUUUCUGCAGUCAAAUUCAAGUUAUUACUGGCUUUGCCCAAAGUUUAAAAGUUUGUAAAUUAGUGUUUUUUAUAUGUUUAAUAAAAU